AUGGAGGAACUCAAGGAUGAUUUCCGCGAAGAUAGGCCGAUUCUGAAGAUUGCUACGGACACACUCCUCCUUCCCCUCCGAAUCGCGACAUCGCCAGCUCUGCUACGAACGUACCUCCGCACCAUCCUCCUCUUCAUCACCUCCACCAUCCUCUUCACCUUCGCCGUCGUCGCAUACUCGUCUUUCUACUACAACUACAUACCCGUGCGCGGCAUCUCCGUACCCGUAUACCUCCAAUUCGACCACGGCCCCACCAUUCUGCCUCCCACAACCACCUACCCAGAUGGCAGCAGCAGCCUCCCAACCGGCAAGCCCGCAAAAUGGCCAUACGGCCUCGCCAACAUACCCGGCCUGGUAGACCGCCAAAAGUACGAUGUCGUUGUCGAAAUGGUCGUCCCGAGGAGCAAGACCAACUUGCAAGCCGGGAACUGGAUGGUGGGACUCGAGUUCCGGGGCCCCACGACGAUAGGACAGGGUGUGAAGCAUCUCCUUGGCUGGGACGAGGAGUGGAGCGUUGAAGAUCAUAGUCAAGGUGGUGUGCCGGGUGCCACGGCCGAGAAGAUUGUUACUGAAGGGACGACGAGCGAGACGCCUACUGUUCUUGCUAGAAGUCGCAGACCGGUGCUUUUGACGUAUCGGAGUCGCGUGCUAGAGAUGGUAUAUAGGGGGUUGAGGCUGCCGCUCUAUCUGGUGGGGUGGCAUACGGAAUCUGAGUUUGUGGAGAUUAGCAUGAUGGAAGGCGUCAUGUUUGAAUCUGGGUAUCGGAAUGUGCCGAGUAGUUUGAGGCUGGAAGUUCGAAGUAAGCUUCCAAUUGAGGUUUACAGGGCACAGGUCAGGAUUAGUGCGAAGUUGGAAGGCUUCCGUUGGCUGAUGUACCGGUACUGGGUCACCAGUGCGAUCAUCGGCAUUCUCACGUUCUGGGGUAUGGAGAUGGGCGUUUUGCUGUUUACCUGGGGGGCUUUUACGCUGCUGUUCAGUGGUGCUUCGACACCGGCCGAAGGGAAUCAGCAACAGAAGAAGAUCAAAACCGAACAAGGAAGCGGCGAACCUUUUCCCAAACUCGAACAAGGCGACUACUCCGAACCAGACACACCCUACAGCGACACGUCUCGUACAUUCCCCACACUACCUUCUCAGCAACCUCUCUCGUAUAGCUCGCCGCUGUCGCCUAAAUCACCCAAAGAAGAAGAACGCGGAUCUCCUAGGCUGGAAGAUAUACCGACAAGAGAGGAGAUGAUGGAGGCUGAUGAUGAAGAAGAUGACGAUUUCAUUCUUGAAGAGCCGAUUCCUAGGGGUGUGGAGAGGGAGGGGGUUUUUACGGAUUCGGGGAUUGGAACGAGUCUUGAGAGUAGUAUUGAUAGGGGGUUGGCUAGACGGAGGAGUGGGAAGGCAAAGGAUAAGGGGGGUGAUGGU